AUCUGUUAUGGUUUAUCUUGGGCUUGUGGCCUUUGUCGCUUUCUUCUAUUGCUUAAAAUUUUUUCUGGAUUGUCAAUUGAAUGAAAUGCCCAUCACCCUCGCUGAUGUCUCCCUUAGGUAUUCUCCGAAAGAAUAAUUCUCGUCUGCUGGAGGAGAUUGUGAGGAAACAGCAGGAUUUUCUGGGUGGAGAUGGAUCCAAAUACAAUUUAGAGUUCCUGAGCAAUGGUACUGACAAACACCAACAUCAUGUUGUGUCCUGCAGGCCUACUGUGAAGGUGUUGUCUCCAGAGGACGGGAAGCAGAGCAUCGUCCAGGUAGCGCAGCAGCUCUGCCGCUCUGUGGAGAACAAAGAGAGGAGCUCCAGAGACAUCAGCGUCACCAUGUUGGACACGAUGCUCAGAGAGUCAAAGAAUAUUCCAGAACCUGAGCUGGUGGUGAAGUUCGGUCCAGUGAACAGCACACUGGGCUUCCUCCCCUGGCACAUCAGACUGACUGAAUUCAUCUCCCUGCCCUCUCACAGAAAUGUGUCCUAUGAGGACUUGUUGGGUGCCCUGCAGCGGUACGGCGAUUGUCAGCAGCGGCUCGGCCAGUGACGCUCAGGUCAGGCAGUGUGGGGUACACACAGUCAGGGGAGAGUGUGGCGAAUCAUCCGCAGCUCGCUGUGUCCCUCACUGCUCCUCUCCCCAACUCUGUCCAUCUCCUGGAUCUCUAACAGACUUAGAUGGCUCUAAAACAAGGAAGUCGGGAGAGUCAGCCAGCUCACUUCCUGCCACCAGCUCUUGUCUUAUAAUAAACUUACAUUCACAGGACUUGUGGAACAUGUUCUCCAAACUGACAGAGAAUGGGACAUAAGAGAGACAUUGACAUUAGAAGAAUAUCUGCACAGACUCUGUGUUCCACAAACCCUGUUCUGUCCUCUGGCUCACUGUUUCACUGUUCAGUGUCCAGCUGCUGUUUACUGCUGAAGAUCCAGAAAAUGACUUGCCUUCACUCAGCAGACAACAAAGAAGAAACUAGGCUUUGUGUCCGUCCUUGUGAGGCAUCCUGGGGAAUACAGCUGCAUUUUUAGGGAGAGGCUCAACUGCUAACACCAUGUGAGCUGAGCAGAGGCUGAUUUUAGGGACAGAGUUAAUACUGUGUAAAUAUGAGAAAUUAUGUGGCUCUGUGUUUGUCCCUGUGGCCUCCAGCUUACGGUUGUGUGAUCAUGUGCAGUGUUGCUUCAGACACAUCCAGAGGUUUGUUUGACUGACCAGCUCUGAAAUAAAGAAAAACACUGUCUGUG